UGGAUGCUUUUCGAUGUUUGAUAUCAUCUGUCACAUUGUGUUGGCUACAUAUCUUUACCAAUCUGCAUUGCGAAGAGUAGAUGGAAUACGAUAGAAGCGGCGCCAGGGCUAGAGAUGAUAUCACCAUGUGAGAUGUCUGCGCAGUUAGCUCCUGAAUGCCACCCUCCUUGUUUGAGAAAAAUUACGCGCAGCUCAGUUGAACCGAAGUUGGCAGGAGUUUUACGCGGGAUGCGUGCAUAUAUCACAUGGAAACUAUAUAAGCCUUUGCUGAGCCUUCGCUGCCCAGACUGUAUAGAGUGCCGGUGUUCUCAGUCUAGAUUUUCUCGGGUCUUCCGAGAUAUACGCUUCUCAUUGACGCAUUAAAGCUUCGUACUGUUGCCCAUCAUGGCCGUCAAAGUGUUUCUGACUGGCGUUACUGGAUAUGUUGGAGGCACGGUCUUUGAUUACGUCUACAACGCUCACAAGGACUACGAAUAUACCGUUCUUGUUCGCGACGAAGCACGUGCCCAGCUAGUAAAGGCGAAAUACCCAACCGCCAAAUUUGCCUAUGGCGCUCUCGAAGACACCGAUGUCAUUGAGAAGGCCGCCGCCGAGGCAGAUAUCGUUAUCCACACCGCAGACUCAUCUGACCACGCCACUAGUGCUCGUGCGAUUGCCAAGGGCCUGAAGGAGGGCCACACCGCAGAAAAGCCUGGGUACUGGUUACACCUGUCUGGCACGGCCAUUCUGACCUGGUACGACCAUGUCAACAACAGGGCAGGGGAGGGCCCUCAUCCCGAGCAUAUUUACAACGACCUCGACGGCGUCGAUCGCAUGUUGAAUUUUCCCGAUGAUGGAAUUCACAGAGAUGUUGAUAAGAUUAUCCAAAAUGCCGCUUCUGAUGCAGUCAAGCCCACAAUCAUCUGUCCGCCUCUCAUCUACGGCAAAGGGUCUGGCGUUGGCAAUCAGACAAGCGUCCAGCUACCAUAUCUCAUAGAGGCGGGCCUUUCCGACGGAUACGUGCCCGUGGUCAAGCCUGGGAAGACCGAGUGGGACCACGUCGACGUUCAUAGCCUAGGGGACCUGUAUAUCAAGCUUGUCGAUGCGACUCAAGACCCCUCGAAGAACAGUAACCCGGAGAUUUUCGGCAUCAGAGGCUUUUUCUUUGCCGCCAGUGGCACCCAUUCCUUUUUGCAGCUUGCAGAAAAGGUUGUGGAAGAAAUCAAGAAGCAAGGCUACAGCAACAAGGUUACAGUUAAGCAAUACAGCCUUGCUGAGCUGAGAGAGCUGAAGGGAGAUAACCUGAUAAUACACACAUAUGCGUACAGCUCGAGGGGAGAGGCGCAGAGGGCCAAGAAGUAUCUUGGCUGGGAGCCCAAGGGCAUGUCUAUAGCUGAGGGCGUCGCAGAGACGGUGGGUAUCCUGGCAAGGGCCAAAGGGCUGUAAAAGCGACCAUCGUCUGGCUGUCCGGGGGAAGAGGGCAGCAAUGGGAGUCUGGAAGAAAGAUCUAUCGCGCAUAGCUUUACCACCACACUGUGCUUCAGUAGUCACAUUAUCUAAUAGGAAACGGGAAAAUCUACUAGUAUUCUAUUUACAUCGUGCACUCCGCAACUUCAUAUAUCGGACAUCAACACUUCGCCCCAGCAACGCCUCAAUGGCAAAAAAAGGCGCCCACGAAAAAUUUCCAUCUGCAUCGCCACUGAUUGGCUCAAAAGCUCAAGCGGCGAAAGAAAAUUUUAACAAACGGCUUGUCCUAGAUGGGCCUAGUGGAAUGAGGGACCUAUGGUAGAACUUAUCGCUUGCCCCACAUUGGAUGCACAUUUGCUUGCCGACUGAG